AUGCGUAAUGAAACAAUGGCCCCUGGACAACUAUCAGGUAGGAAUUCUGUCACUGUUAUUUCUGCUGAAGCAGGCUCAUUUGAUGACAAAGAUGAAGUUCGUUUACUAUCAAAUCGUUCUAUAUGUUGUUUAAAUGAACAUCAUUAUGAUCCAGUAACGAAAGAUUGUCUUGAUGCAUUAAAAUGUUAUCGUGCUAGUAGAAUUUUCUGUAAUUUAUCAACGAAUACUAAUGAAAAACGGCAACAAACAUCGUUGUUCUAUAUUGAACAUAUUCAUGCACAAUUUCAACGGCAUGAUUAUUUUGAAAGUCGUCCAUGUGCACCAGAUGAAAUUGUUAAAAAUGGCUAUGAUAAAUAUUCGUAUGGUGUUUAUGUGAAAAGAAAUAUUGAACCUGGAACAUUGUUAUUAGUUGAACAAGCUUUUUCCUUGGUUGAUGUUUAUUCAUUAAAAUACUAUUUAGAUAAUGAAAUACAGUUGAGUUUAAAUCUAAUUGAAACUAAUAAACAACAAACAUCGUCAUCGUUAAUUUCUGGAAUAUCGAUAGACAUGAUUUCAUCGCGACGUGCGGGAUGCCAAAGUGAUCGCGGUAGUGAUAGCGCGAUCGCGCCCCAAAUGAGUCGCGAGAGUGGAUUUGAGGAAUCAUCGCCUUUUUGUAUGAUGUUCCGGAAGAAAAAACCGGGUAAAACAUCGUGCAAUAAAGUCAAUAAUUUGAUUGCUACAGUUCUUUAA